AUGGAUUUCACACGAGGGCUGCAAGGGCUGCUCAAUCUCAGUGCCUUCGACAAACAAGAACAAGAACCGCACGGGAGUGAAAGGACAAGAGAUUUUGCCGAUGAGUCAGCACGAACAUUCUAUGUCCAAGCUGUCGAAUCAGAGACGAGCAUCGGGUUGAAGGCGAGCACCAACAACGACCGAGGAAGAAGUAGCGAGCCCGUCGAUGACGCAAUCAUGAGGCUGCUGUCCUUCGUGAUGUCCAUGGAAGAGAAGAUGGAUGUCUGGUUGGUGCAAGCCCUCGAGAUCGUCAAGAUGGAACUGAAGGAGCUGAAGCGCCUGGUAUCUCAGCACAACCACCAGGUCCUUGACCCUCAACUAGAAGAAGCCUUCCAGUCAACCCGCUUGCAGCUAUACGGCGAUGGCGGUGGAUAUGGCGGAGGGAAAGGAAGCGAGCAGCAGCAGCAGCUUGCCUCCCUCUACUUCAACCUGCUUCAGGAGACCAAAAGGGACUACGAAGAACGGCUCCAGCAGCUCCAAGAGAAGUCUUCGAGCGAGCACGUAGGGCGAUGGGGACUGAUCCUGAAGCAUGAGAGGGAGAAAAGCCUGCUGGAGAACAUCAAGGAGAGCUACGUGAAUCAGAUCGCUCUCAUGGACGAGCUUCAUACGGCAGAAUGCGAGCGGCUCAACGCAGCCUUGCAGCUGGCGGAAGAAGAGAAGAAGCAGCUAGAGCGGAGGCUGCAGGAGGCUGUGCAAGUGAGCAUGGCCCUCCAGCGAGUGGACGAGUACCUGAUAGCAGAGACGAAGAUGAUCGAAACUGCUGGUGAUGUCGAAGGAGUCGACCAAAUCCGCAGUAGUCCAACGAGGACCGACAAUGGGCUGUCGAUGCUUGAAGUUGACGCCCUCAUAUACCAGCAGAACCUGAUGCAGUUUGAGUUCAACUCUGAGUUCAGGAGGAGUCAAAAGUAUGGGACUGCAAAGAAGAACUUGGACUUUACCAUCCCCCACCGUCAGGACAAGGCCCUGUACUUGGCUUCCCCUGGAAUCGAUGACAAUCUCCUCGUCCGGCACAACAAGGAGUUCCUCCCUUCUAUUCAGCUUCAGCUCGACGAUGAUCUGCCGGCCGCCUUCACCAUCUUCCCCUCUCAGACCGAAGUUCAGGUGAAGCCUUCUUUCCAGCCGCUCGGUGCAGAUCGAAGUGAUCCCGGGCUGUCUGAGGUCGAUCUGAACCCUCAGGGAGCCGCCAGGUCCUUCAGGAUGUUGAGGAGGAGGAGGACAGGGAAGCCUUCCAACUUCUACGAGCUGCUUCAUGCCGACACCUCCUUCCUCUCCCCUCGCGUCGCCUCCGUUGAGCCUGCGAGCAUGGAGGGCUCGAGGAAGACCUGGAGAAGUCUCAGCAGUCAGCCCAUCUACGAGCAGUACACGUCCGGCAUGCACGACAACACCUUCCUGCUGCAUGCAGAGGAGCUGGAGAACAGGAACGUGCUCGCGCUCCUCAAGAACGAGACGAGGCUGCACAACGCUGUGCGGGGGAAGUACGACCUGACUGACAUUCUUGCCACCGAAUCUCUCAACGUUCAGUUCAACCGGAGCGGGUUGAAGGUGCCGAAGAAGGACGUGAGCAAGGUGAUCGAGCUCUCCAUCGCCUGCGAGGACCUCCCGCUGCUGCCGCGAGCCAUCUGCGUCGACCCGAUCUGCGUGGUGUACAAGCAUCCUGACUUGAUCUUCGAUAAGAACGACCUAUGGAAAGAAGCCUUCCGGACUGAGAGGGUUACGGAGAGCUCCUGCCCCAAGUUCCAGAAGGUGAUGAGGAUCCGAUAUCACGGGCCAGACAAGUCGCAGCCGCUCAAGUUCUGCGUGUUUGACAACCCUGGAGCUGGGGACAAGGACCAGCUGACGUCUGUGCAGGAGUCCGAGGCCAGAGGAGCUUUCGAGGCAGAGCUCGAGGUGGAGAAGCCCAGGAUGUCGAGGAGCGAGGAGAAGGUGCAGCAGCAGGGAAGAAUCAUCAUCCGAGUCAAUCUCAUCCAAAACCAGCAGAACCGGAUCUUCAGGGCGGCACAAGAGAAGAAAAAGGCCUUAAAGCUUGAGCAACAUGUGGAAUUACCUUCCUCGUCUGCAUCGCUUUCGCUAUCAAGAGACUCACCGGGUGGAGCAGGAAGAGACUUCUGUCCUCGCGAGGAGCGCGAUGGGACGAGUAACGAGACUCUCGACUUGCUUCUCGACAUUGCAGUCGAUGGUUCUUGUCUUGAGCUGCAGAAAGAAGCUUCUCCUGCUCUAGCAGCCAUCGCUCAGAUCAACCCUUCCAUCCUCAUGGGGUCUUGUGGCAUUCAGCCGCUCGUCGAACUUUUUGCCAACCCGCACACAAAGCCAUCGAUACAGGCAAGAGAGAGGGAGGGGGACGAGGAGGACAAGCAGGAGGUGGAGAUGCAAGAGGAGAAAGAGAAAGAAGAGCGAAGGCAGGAGGACGAGGACGAGGACGAGGACGAGGACGAGGACGAGGACGAGGAGGGGCUGACGGGGCGCAGCGAUGCGAGCAAGGAGUUCAUCAACUCGGAGGGUCUCCGACUGACAGUCAGAUGCUCCUCCUCCUCCUCCUCCUCCGUGGAGAGCAACGAGAGGUUUUCAGAUAGCAUCCUCACAGGCCUGUCAAAGUUCAUCGGAGGGGGAGACCUUGAGUGCUCUCUAAGAGCUGCUCGUCUCUUCCGCGACCUCUCGACUGCUGCAGACAAGCGGCAGGUCAUGUGGUCCAGCCUUCGGGGACACAACAUGAAGCUCUCUUCCUCCUCCUCCCUCUCCUCCUCCUCUUCCUCCUCCAACGGGAUCGUCGAAGUCCUCCGUCUGAUGCAGCAGCUGGCCAGCAAGCUUCAAGGGGACGAUCUCAGCGUGACGAAGAGGAGGAGGGAGGAGCAGCGGGCGGAGAGUCAGACGCUGAGCAUGCUGCUGGAGGGGUUCUGCAUCAUCACCGGGGCGAACAGCAGUGAGAGGAUCAAGACAAUUCACAGCAUGUCCCUCGACCUCCUCCUCACCUUCCACUUCCCAGACGUCCUGCUCUCCUGCCUUCUCCCUCCCUCCUCCCCGUACAAGGAGGAGGUCACGCGCAGGAGCCUCCUCUGCCUCUCGUCCGUCCUCCUCCACUCCCUCAGGCUCGGCAGCCUUCUCAUCCCGCAGCAGCAGCAGCAGCAGGGCAUGGAGGUGCUGGGGAAGGCCGGGGAGAGCAGACCCUUCAAGUGGAUGAGUCAGGAGGGCUGCUUGCAGCUGCUCAAACUCGCCGCGUUCCAUGAGGUGGAGGAGGAGGCGGAGAUCGCCAUUCUCGGCCCUCAGGACAGCUUCGGCGUCUCCCACCUCUUCCUCAGCGACCCGCGUCCCUCCACCGCCAUCGCCAUGAGCCCCUGCCAGCUCCUGGAGCUCUCGCGCUGCGACCUCGCCAUCUUCAGUCAGAUCCAUCCCGACUUCGCCGAGCACCUCAAACGCUACCAGGACGCCUACGCCAACCACGUUCCCAUCCUCCAUGAUCGCGUCCUGACAGGGAGGGAGAGGGAGGAGGCGAUCCGGUCCUGGUCCCGCUCCUCCCUCUUCCUCCUUCUCGAGAACCUCCGCACCAUCGCUGACAUCCUUUGUGCCUGCGAGCUCGAGGAGCAUCAGGAGGUGGAGCGGCAGGUGGUGGCAGGGGUCCUCCUUCCUCUCUCCAGACUCAAGCAGUUCCAUCAGCCUCUGCUCGAGCUCGGCGUCUUCAAGCGACUCAGUUGCCUCCUCCUCUCCUCCUCUCCCGAAGUCUCGCGCGGCGCUGCUGCUGUCUUCACUUCCUCCCUACGCUGCAAGGAGACUCGCUCGCUCCUCCUCUCUCCGCACUCGCAGCUCGCACGUCCUCUCCUCCGCUUCUUCCUCGAGAGGCUCAGGCAUCACCCGACAGACUCGCUCUUCGCGCUCUCCUGCUGCGCCGACUUCAAGCAGCUGCGGCACAAGAUGCUCGCGCGAGGUCUCCUGCAGACCCUCCUCCUCAUCAUGCAGAGCUGCGUGGAGGAGAAGAGCAGGCGGCUCAAGGGAGGAGCGGGGAGGACGUUGAAGGAAAGCAUGGAGCUGGGAGCUGCGCUAGCGGAGCAUCAAGACUGUCACGCUGCCAUGGAGGAGAUGAGGAUGGUUGAAGAGGUCGACGCGCUCUUCCAACACAAGAGCUUUCGGUCCUCCAUCACUCCUGCCGUCGUCUCCGCCUACAGCUCUUUCCUUAGCUCCAUCUACGAGCACGAGCCGCCAGCUCGAGACUCCCUGGAAGAAGUCUUCCAGAAGACCCUCGGGAGCAGAUUUAAGCACGUCAGCUCAGAGCGAGAGAGAGUAGCAGAGAGAGCAGGAGAAACGAAAGUGAAGAAAAGAGGAGCAGGAGCAAAUGCGGGAGCGGGAGCAGGAACAAGGGGAGGAGGAGAAGGAACAGGAACAAGAGGAGGAGGAGGAGGAGGAGGCAGACCGAAACUGAGGAGCAGAAAGUUGAGCAGGAAGGGCUCGGGGAAGUCGCAGCGUCAGGUGGCGGAGGAGGGAGCGGGGCCGCAGUUCUACACGAGGGCGAAGAAUCUCCUCCUCCUCCUCUUCGAGAGGUUCCCGGAGAUCACCUGGGAGCUAGCGGAGGGAGAAGGAGCUGCUCCCCCCCCCUCCUCGGGCUCUCAGAUCGUCAUUCCCGAUGCCAAGGCAGACGCUGCUCCUGCAAUGGACGACUCGUCCUCGUCCUCGUCCUCGUCCUCGUCUUCGGAGGAGGAGGAGGAGAUGGCGGGAGCCUUGAGCGAGUCAGAGAGGGAGAGGAGCCAAGAGAGUCUGAGGAGCCUUGAUGACGAGAAGCAGCUCACGUUGCAGGACGGAGACAUCUACUCGGAGGAGGAGAUGAGGAUGAGGAGGCGGGCGACCUUCAUGGGGCUGGUGCAGGAGAAGAAGCUGCUCUUUGCUCGCUACAUCAACAUCGCGCAGCGAUACGAGCAGGAGACGUGCGUGUGGGUGUCCAACAAGGAGACCAUCGAAAGCAAGAAGUUCAGCACGCUGAGGAAGACGACGUCCUUGGAUGUGCUGGACGCGUGGGAGAGGAGGUGCAAGAGGAGUCAGCACGAGAAGUUCGCAGUAGGACUGAAGCUGUCCUUCACCGGCACCUGCCUCCCUGACUCCGAGCGGAUCUCCCUCCUCUCCGACAUCCGCGACAUCCUCGAGACCCUCGCGGAGCAGGAGGAAGGGAACGAUCGAGCAAGGCCCUUCAAGGUGUUCGCCAAGAUCUCCGUCGACUCGCUGCAGGAAUCCUCCUUCGCCCCAUGUCCUAGUCAGAUCUCCUCCAUGCGUCAGAACGGCAUGCUGCUCGGCGACGUUGACGCCUUCUCCGCCUCCUUCACUCUAGCCAAGGCUGUCUUCGCGCUCCGGAGGCUAAGAAGCGCUGCCUCUCUCAAGAUUCCAAAACUCGCCUACCUGAAAGCUGCCGUCAACGCCCUCUGCAAGAUCCAGCGGGUCGGCCACUCCAUCCCGGCCAUGCUCGCUCUCGACUCCAUGCUCACAGUCAGCAUCAGCACCAGAUUCUCCCGCCGCUCCGCUCAGCUCAAGAUCAACCGCCUCCUCACCCUCCGGCGCUCCAUCGCCUCCUUCAGCAGGUGGAAGGAGGCGGCGCAGGAGCAGAGGAGGAUGAGGGAGCAGGGGCAGUCGCUCCUCUGCAACUUGUGGGCUGACCAAGUCGCGCUCUGCUUCUCCGUGUGGAAGAGCCUCCGCAAGGAGACCUGCGACGUCCCCACGAGCAGCCUCGGGCCCAAGACCAGCCGCUUCUCGUCGCCUGAGGGCAGAGCCUUCCACAAGUGGUGCAAGUACAUCUACGACAGAAGGACACGAGGCGACAAGGGGGACGAAGAAGACAGAGGGGAGUCAGAGGACGAGGACGAGGACGAGGACGAGGAAGAGGAAGAGGAAGAGAACGACGACGUGGCAUCGAGUGUGAAACUGAAGGCAGCGACAGAACACGACGAGAAGGAAGAAGAUCGAGCUGCUUGCAGCACAGAGGACGAGGGAGCUGAGACAAGAGAAGGAACCAGAACGAGAGACUGA